GUCCAGCCCAUGUUCCUCCAAUUCUCCUCCGCCGCCUGAGACCUUCUCCACCUGUCUCUGCCCUGACAGCAGCCAGUCCAGCAGCCAUCCACAGGCCUGACCUUCCCGGAAGUGCCUAUCUUCGCCUUCUAUCGCUGGCCCGCUCGUGGAUCGCUCCGUGGCUACUUUAUUUCCAGGGCCCCCGUCACCAUCACUUUCGUUUGCUCGUCCCCUCAGGUUUAUGCUCUCAUAACGCCAAUCCAUUCCUCUUAUUAUACCAUCGCCGGUUUCUUUUUUGUACACUCAUUCUUUUGGAUCAAUCUCGACUUGUGCUUUCUCAUAUAGCCUCUGGAUUUUCUUCCGUACCUUCCUUUGGAAUCCCACUGCCAUCGCUGUGUCUUGUCUCCUCGAAACGAACGAAAAGAGUCGAUAGCUGCCAAAAGAACGAACCACUCGAACAUCGAUUUCGAACUCGAAUUCCCACGAACGAAUGUAUAAUAAUCUCAAACCGUAUAACUAUUAGACAGUAUUGGAAACCCCAAGCUGUUGUCCAGUCACUCCCGUUGACACAUCGAGCAUCUUGAACGUUUACCACUUGUAAACCACACCUUUGUUUUACGAACCGUAUAUUAAUCAGCGCUCUCGAACCACUUGGAUCGACUGUAACUGUACGUAUAUAGCUGCUUCCACCUGCCCGGCGCACCAGAAGGAAUACAGAAUGGGCAGAGGAGAAGAAGAAGAAGAAUGUGACUGACACUUUGCAGUCAACGCAGCCGUAUCAACCAAGAAACAUCCGCCAUGGAUUCCUCUGCCUAUCAGCAGGGCCCAGUAAUGGGACAAUCGCCAUUUUUCUAUUACAAUCCAGACCCCAAACCAGACAACCGUCAACAUGGACAUUUCUCUCAGCAACCUAGUAACGUUCAGGUUCCUGUAUAUCACCCACACGUCCACCCCAUGCCCUCGACAGCAAUCUAUUCCCGACCAAAUUCGUCUUGUUCUCAGCCGCCUAUGCACCCGCAGAUGUUCAAUUCCGGAUUUGCGGGAACCUUGACGCCAAUGGCCUCCCCUCGUCCGAUGUACCAGAAGCCUACGAUUCUCAUCCAAGAACACGCCCCAAGGAUGCGAAUGGAAACCGACAUGCACGAUGCGGACAUGUACUUUUAUCCAUCCACCCCACCAUUGUCGGCAUCAAAUAGCACAUCAAGCAGCCCAUCCAGCUACGAAGCCAUUCCAUUGCCCAUGAACAACAUCUUUCUCGGGCUCGGUGGCUUCGAGGGUGUCAAGGAAGGAUGCGAGGGCGAGGUGCAGUCGGACACAUUGGCUGGAGGGGAAUGGUCCAGAUGUGGAUCGCCCCCAAUGACUCCUGGUAUGUAAUAUUUUCUCUCAUUUCGUGUAAUGAGGCUGGCAAUCAAUUGCACACGGCCGGUUGGGCGGAGGAUAAUGUGGUUGAGUCGAGCGUCGUCAGGAUCGUCAGGGUCGUAACUGCAAACGGGGACUAACGAGCCACUUUUUUCCAGUGUUCAUCCACCCCAACUCGCUUACCAGCAACGGGCAGGGCCACGCUAGCGAGCUCCUGUCUGCAACAUCGUGCCCUUCACUCUCGCCCUCCCCUUCCCCCUACCCGCGAUCCGUCAUUUCUGAACAGGACUUUGACUUCUGCGACCCGCGCAAUCUGACUGUUGCAUCCGGUGCAUCUGCCUCGCCGGCAGCUUCGAACUUGACCAGCACCGCGGCUGAAUUUCCUGCUCUGCCGACAUUGUGCGCGGGAGACGACGAGGAGCACCGCUUCAUGCUCGCAGGGGAGACAUUCAAUAAAGCUGCCCACGCCCACGCGAAGAACUUCACAUUCACUGCCCCACACCACGGCCUUCCCUCAUUUGACCAAUUCUCCGAUCUCGACUCCGAGGAAGAUUUUGUCAACGGCCUUGUCAACUUCCCCACCACGGACAACGUGCAAUUCUACGGCAACAAACGCCAGCGCACUGGCACUAGCACCGGCUCUGAUUUACUCUCUCUAGAUCCCGAGCCAUUUGUGAGCGAGGACGAACUUGAAGACUUCGAGCAGUUUGACGACGCGGAGCAGUUCGCCGUUGCUUGUCUGCCUAGCCCACCCGCCUCUGGCUCCGAGACUGAAGUCAAGAAGGAGAAGCGCACCAAGAAGCCCAAGAAGGCCCGCCGCAACGAAGAGGACGACUCCACUGAAUUCGAUAACCUUGUCCGCUCCCGCAAGUACACCGUUCCCAUGAAUUCCGCCUCGGGAGAAUCUGUCCAGGAGGGCACCUCUGAGGGCCACCAACACCACUCGGUCGCCAACAGCCAAUCUGGUUCUUCAGAGCACCACGCCUCCAAUAGUGUUAUGGGCUCUGAUUCUGGCACUCCACAUGCAGCACCAGUCAACCGCCGCGGCCGCAAGCAGUCUCUCACUGAAGAUCCAUCCAAGACUUUUGUCUGUGACAAGUGCAAUCGUCGAUUCCGCCGCCAAGAACACCUCAAGCGCCAUUAUCGCUCCCUCCACACUGAGGACAAGCCAUUCGAGUGCCACGAAUGCGGCAAGAAGUUCUCUCGCAGUGACAACUUGACCCAGCAUGCUCGUACCCAUGGAAGCGGUGCCAUUGUUAUGGGUGUCUUGGAGGAUGGCGAACUUGCACCUGACCACCCAAACUCUAAUAGUGAGGACGAACACAUCCAGAACUUGGGAAGUGUUCUCUUCAAUGUAGCCCAGGCAGCCUCUGGCAGUGAGACCGACGACUCAGCCAGUGACAGCCAGUCUCGCAAGAAGCGCAAGCGCUCUGAAUAAGUGCUUCUCUGCUUUGCUACACACUCGGUGUGCCCGACUACAGCAUGUCACGCCUCCACCGAUACGAUUCACGACAUUAAAAAAAUUCCUUGCGUACCUAUGGUUGGGUUCUGGGGAUAAACAGGUCUCGCGAUCAACUCACGCUAUCACGACGGACGGGAUAGAAGGUUGCGCAAAUCAAAAAAGUCAUUUCCGUGUUUUCUUCAAUUCCCUGUAUCAAUUUUCAUUGAACAUUUUCUGCCCGAUUUAGCGUCACGAUGGAGCUAGUGGUUGUGUGUAUUCUGAUGCGAUGCUAUUUGCUAUUCUUACGAUCGUUGUAAUUCUUUGAAGCGGGAGCUGGUCAACCGUUGCAUCAUCUCGAUUCCCAUUCGCAGCCUGCUCAUAUCUUGUGCUGGCACGAAAUGUACACCAGAUAGUCACAAUACAUGUAUAGAAAAUCUGCCCAUUGCGUCUCCAGUUUUGUUCAAUGUGAUACUUGGUUGAAUCAACGUACUUGAACCAGGGCCUACCAAACGCCGUUUUGUC